CGUCACUUCCUCUGCGCAGCCUGACUGCGUCAUCAUUGCGGGCCUCAGGGGUAGAUUUGUUGACGGUGGUCGUCGUGUUUUAUCUUCAGUUUAUCGGAUUCUGUAUUCUGGAAAAAGCCUCUGCGGAGCGGCCGUGUGUGCGCGGGUGUCCCUUUGCGGUGCUUCCUGACUGAGGUCCAGCAACAAAGUUUGUUGCCAUGGCGUCCCCAGGGGGGCAGGGAGGAGUUUUGUCCACACGAGGAGGCGGGGCCACACGAAGGAUGAAGUGGGCUCUGGAGCUGAGCCUUGGAAACACCAGGGGUCGGGGGGAUCGGCAGGGGGGUCAGGGGGACGUGGUUUAUCCCAUCGGAUUCUCUGAGAAACCCGUGCCAGACACCAGCAUCCAGGAGACGGACAAGAACCUGGUGGAGAAGCGCUGCUGGGACGUGGCCCUGGGGCCCCUGAAGCAGAUCCCCAUGAACCUGUUCAUCAUGUAUAUGUCUGGAAACACUAUAUCCAUCUUCCCCAUCAUGAUGGUGUGCAUGAUGGCGUGGAGGCCCAUCCAGGCUCUCAUGUCCAUGUCAGCCACCUUCAAGCUGUUGGAGAGCUCCAGCCAGCAGUGGCUGCAGGGGCUGGUUUACCUGGUGGGGAACCUUCUGGGCUCGGCGCUGGCCAUCUAUAAGUGUCAGUCCAUGGGGCUGCUGCCCACGCACUCGUCUGAUUGGCUGGCUUUCAUCGAGCCUCCUCAGAGAAUGGAGAUCAUGGGAGGGGGGAUGGUGCUGUGAAGUCCGACGACCAGCCCCUCCCAGCAGAGGGCGCCGCACCACUUCAUAUUUCAUCAUGUUCAGAACAGUUGCAUUCAUGUUUGAGAGCUGAUCCUGGAUCUGCUCGGGUUUCCUCCUGUGUGCUUUCAUGCUAACCUGCUUCCUUUUCUGUAGAUUUUUCUGUGAAAUGUUCUAAUAAAUCCAUAAUUAUUACA